CUGUAAAAGACCAAUCACAGCAGCCUUCUGCCAACAGUCCACUCCUCACGCUGACAGCUAGUGAGGAGAGGAGAGCUGGGCACUGAUGAUCAGUGUAGCCCCAUCAGUGCACCUGUCAGUGUCCAUCAAUGUCACCUGUCAGUGCCCAUCAGUCCCACAUCAAUGCCACAUAUCAAUUCCCAUCAGUCCCACAUCAAUGCCACAUAUCAGUGCCCAUCUGAGCUGCCUUUCAGUGCCUCCUAUCAGUGCUAGUCACAGUGCCGCCUAUCAGUGUCAGUCAGUGCUGCCUAUC